GACCGGAUGGUGAUGUUCUCCUUCAUCCUACCUCCUAUAUUCCUAGCGACUACCAGUUCAGACUCUUCUUCGGUACUGUAGUUUCAUAGCGUCGUGCAGUCGCAUCAUCGACCGCUUAGCGAAACGGUUUCGGACGCGCGCUACACACACGCUUUUGCCUAGCUUUUUUAUCCAUCUUAUUAUAGUGCUUCUAUAGCACGUUUCUCGUGUAUUCAUCUAAAUGACAACAAACCGCAUUCUACUAGAUUUCGACUCCUCCGAAUUUUCCGACUAGACGCUUUUUUUUAAUUUUCACACGACGUUUACGAAGGUUGAUUGCAACAGUGAACGUAUUUGAAAGCAGCUUAGUUGACAUGACGACGUCUAGGAUCAUCUUUAUUCUCGUACUAGUUGCGGUUGUAUGGAGCUGUGUGUUUGGUCUUCAGCGACCACCUCCUCGAUACUCUCAACAAUACAUGCCGCAAACGUCUUUCACGUGUCGCAAUAAAAUAGUAGGAAGUUACUAUGCUGAUCCUGAAACCGACUGUCAACUUUUCCACGUAUGCGUGUCUGUUGCUGGAAGCAUUCAGGACUAUAGGUUCCUUUGUCCAAAUGACACCGCUUUCGAUCAAGAAAGCCAAACAUGUGCAGAUUGGUACGAUGUUGACUGUGAAGCCGCUACUCUCUAUUAUGCGAGCGACAAUUUUGACUUGUACCGGAUCGGCUCGGGAUUAGAGUCGCUUCACUACGACAGUAUUCGUAGUGAUUAUGAGCCCCAGGAUCACUUACAACGCAGUGAAUCGAACGAUCCAAUUAGGUCGCCUCUGAAUUCUUUUAGUACUAACAAUUAUAAAGACUUGGAAACAUCAAAGAAAAGCAGCAUUAAUAAAAGCAAUGAGUACUCACCAAGAAAUCCGAAGGAGGUCAUUAGCGAAAUAGAAAAGGACAGAAAUUUACGAGAACACCAAGAGUCCGAAAAGAAAGUGAACGGAAGGAAGAUAAAUCGCAAGCCAGUAAACAAUGGCUUUACAAGUACUUACAGGACAAAAUUUACAACGGGCGCGCCCGCACAGAUACAGCAACAGACUCGCAACUAUGAUAACAAAUCUUUUGGGCAACAGAACAUGGCAUUUACGACACCGACGAGUCUGCGACCUUCACUUGUUUCUAAUACGCCAAACUCCAAGCAAGGAAGUGUAACCACACUGAGACCGACGACCAAAUACAUCACAACACAAACUGCCGCGAGAUCAACCGCUAGUUCGCAAGCCACGUACUCCAAUUAUCCGACAACGACCAUUAAAACUACUUUCCAUAAUAAUAAUUUUGAUAACAUCAAUCGAUUCGAGACAACUACCAAGCCAACGAAUGCUAUUAGUAAUCGUCCUGAACCGCAGAGUUAUUCAGCUCAGUUUAGUCAAGCUACUUCUGCGACAACCAAACAGCCUUCUUUAGACUAUCAGCUGUACAAUCAGGGUGAUAAUUACGAUCAGAGAAUUUACAAUAAUUACAAUAGUAACUACGUUCAUAGACCAAAUAGCACGACGCACGCUUCUUCUUCAACAACUGUACCCAGCCAAAAUAAAAAUAACAACCAUUACAACAAUUACAACGACAAUAAUAAUUAUAACAAUUAUAACACUUUUAAUAACAAUUAUCCAUCGAAAAAACUGGCUGAUUAUAACUCAAACAGUUACACAGCAAAUACGUAUGUGCCCACCACAUACAAUCCCGUAACAAAUAAAUACGCCAACGGUAGACAGUACUAUGACAAAUCGACUACUGUAACUACAAAACCCUCACACUUUGGUGAAACUGAUUCCAUCAAGACAUCAAAAAAGGUGACUCAUUACAAGGGUUAUCAAAACUACGAGACCAGUAGUAAAAGCUACGACUUUAGCAGAUCUUCCGUUGGACUUGGAUUUAGUCCAUCUAGUGUGAAUCACCUUGCAGAAAAUGUUAAGUCAACAACUCCGACACCAAGGCGAGUUGCUUCACCAACGACCUACAAUCCCAAUAAUUUUCAUGGGAAUUCGCAAACACUUCAGAGUCAAGUCACUCAAGUAAAGCCGACGUAUCAUCGAAAUCAAUCGGCCAAGCAAAACUCAACAACAGAAAAAUAUGCUAAGGAAACAACAAUUCGUUCUAAAAUAACCAAAAAAAAUGACUAUGACUAUGCCUACUAUGACAAUGGACCUGUUGAAUAUGACAGCCUUGAAUUGGAACAUGUCGGCAGCAAUAAAGAAUCCGUGAAAAUUUCAUAAACAGUAUUUAUUAGGUAUAAUGCAUAUAAAUGAUGAAAUUGAUGAAAAAAGUUUUUAUUAUAUGAAACGAUGAAAAGGCCAGUGUAAAAGUAAACUUAUCUGUACGAAUUAGAUUUUAUAAAACCAUGCAUAAAUUCGUCAAUGCAUAGUAAGUUUUCCUAUCGAGAAUUCACUUCAAUGCGAUAUGUGCAUACACCGCGCGUAUUACAAUAAUUCAAUAAAAUCUAAGUAUUAAAUAGUGAUAGGUUAUUUUAAAAACUUUUUUAUUCUCAAGUAAAGAUAUAGAAUGUUAAGCGGUAUCAAAUUAUUCUACGUUUGUACAUACUGCAAGUGCGAUUAAAUGCUAGUUCAUCUUUAAAUAUUAUUUAAAAUCAUACUUUUCAAAAUUAUUUGUUAGAAUAAGUUUACGAAUAUUGUAUAUACAUUACGCGUUAUACGAACAUCAAAUUUAUGAUCAUUAAUUGUUUUAAAUUUUAUUUACCUCGCUUCAACAGAUUUUAUAAUAUUAAAAAUUAAAUGUAAUUAUUCAAAGUUAUCACUCGUUAUUACAUUAUAAAAAAUACACGCAUAAAAGUGUUGAUUUAAUUUGUAUGCGUUUAUUAUCAACUGGCACCUAUCUUCUAAGAAUCCUAUAUCUAAUUAAAUAAGGUAUUAAUAUU